AUGCCUUCGGCUCCGCGCACUUACUCCAAGACAUACUCUACCCCCAAGCGCCCCUACGAGAGCUCUCGUCUCGAUGCUGAGCUGAAGCUCUGUGGUGAGUUCGGUCUGCGCAACAAGCGCGAGAUCUACCGCCUGGGUCUCCAGCUUUCCAAGAUCCGUCGUGCCGCCCGUGAUCUUUUGACCCUCCCCGAGAAGGACCCCAAGCGUCUGUUCGAGGGUAACGCCCUCAUCCGCCGUCUUGUGCGUGCUGGUGUUUUGGACGAGGACAAGAUGAAGCUGGAUUACGUCCUUGCUUUGAGCAUUGAGGACUUCUUGGAGCGUCGUUUGCAGACCCAGGUUUUCAAGCUUGGUCUGGCCCGCUCCAUCCACCACGCUCGUGUUCUUAUCCGCCAGCGUCACAUUGCUGUCGGCAAGCAGAUUGUCAACGUCCCCUCUUUCUUGGUCCGCUUGGAUUCUCAGAAGCACAUUGACUUUGCUCCUACCUCUCCCUUCGGUGGUGGCCGCCCUGGUCGUGUCGCCCGCCGCAACGCUGGUAAGGGUGGCGAUGCUGAGGGUGCCGAGGAGGACGAGGAGUAA